CUGCGGGCUGGAGGUGCGCGCGCGGGAGCCGCGCCGUGGGGAGCGGGUCGCGCCCGGGCUGUCAGCUGGCUCCGCGCCGCCGCCCGAUGGCUCGAGGGGGCGCGCGGGCCCGGCCCCGGGGGUCCUCCGCCGGCCGCGGGUGAGCCCUCCGCCGGCCGCCCGCGAGCAUGUCACCUCCAGCCGCCGCAGCCUCCGUCCGCAGCGCCCGCGCCCCCGCCUCUCGCAGCCGCAGCCGCAGCCGCCGCCGCCGCCCGGGGCAUUGGUCCCCAGGCCCCCGCCCCUGAUCGACGCGGGACCCGGCGUCGGAGCACCAUGGCGGGCCAGGGGGACUGCUGCGUCAAGGUGGCCGUCAGGAUCCGGCCCCAGCUGUCAAAAGAGAAGAUUGAGGGCUGCCACAUCUGCACCUCGGUCACCCCGGGGGAGCCCCAGGUCCUCCUGGGGAAGGACAAGGCCUUCACCUAUGACUUCGUCUUUGACCUGGACACGUGGCAGGAGCAGAUUUACUCUACCUGCGUGAGCAAGCUCGUGGAGGGCUGCUUCGAGGGCUACAAUGCCACGGUGCUGGCCUACGGGCAGACGGGGGCCGGGAAGACAUACACUAUGGGCACCGGUUUCGACGUGGCGAUGGCGGAGGAGGAGCAGGGCAUCAUCCCGAGGGCCAUCGCGCACCUCUUUGGGGGCAUCGCUGAGCGCAAGCGGCGGGCACAGGAGCAGGGUGUGGCUGGGCCCGAGUUCAAAGUCAGCGCCCAGUUCCUGGAGCUCUACAACGAGGAGAUCCUCGACCUCUUCGACAGCGCCCGUGACCCCGACGCCCGCCACCGCAGGUCCAACAUCAAGAUCCACGAGGACGCCAACGGCGGCAUCUACACCACGGGCGUCACCUCCCGCCUCAUCAGCUCCCAGGAGGAGCUGAUCCAGUGCCUGAAGCAGGGCGCCCUGUCGCGCACCACGGCCAGCACCCAGAUGAACGUGCAGAGCUCCCGCUCCCACGCCAUCUUCACCAUCCACGUGUGCCAGAUGCGCCUGUGCACCCGGCCCGACCUGGUGAACGAGGCCAUGACCGGGCUUCCCGACGGCGCCGCUCCCUCGGGCGAGUAUGAGACGCUCACCGCCAAGUUUCACUUUGUGGACCUGGCCGGCUCAGAGCGGCUGAAGCGGACGGGGGCCACAGGCGAGCGUGCCAAGGAGGGCAUCUCCAUCAACUGUGGCCUGCUGGCCUUGGGCAAUGUGAUCAGCGCCUUGGGGGACCAGAGCAAGAAAGUGGUGCACGUGCCCUACAGGGACUCCAAGCUCACCCGGCUCCUCCAGGACUCGCUGGGCGGCAACAGCCAGACCAUCAUGAUCGCCUGCGUGAGCCCCUCUGACCGGGACUUCAUGGAGACGCUCAACACACUCAAAUACGCCAACCGAGCCCGCAACAUCAAGAACAAGGUGGUGGUGAACCAGGACAAGACCAGCCAGCAGAUCAGCGCGCUGCGGGCCGAGAUUGCGCGCCUGCAGAUGGAGCUGAUGGAGUACAAGGCGGGCAAGAGGGUGAUCGGGGAGGAUGGCGCCGAGGGCUACAGUGACCUGUUCCGGGAGAACGCGAUGCUGCAGAAGGAGAACGGGGCGCUGCGCCUGCGGGUCAAGGCCAUGCAGGAGGCCAUCGACGCCAUCAACAACCGCGUCACCCAGCUCAUGAGCCAGGAGGCCAACCUGCUCCUGGCCAAGGCCGGAGACGGCAACGAGGCCAUCGGUGCUCUGAUCCAGAACUACAUCCGGGAGAUUGAGGAGCUGCGGACCAAGCUCCUGGAGAGCGAGGCCAUGAACGAGUCCCUGCGUCGCAGCCUCUCUCGGGCCUCGACCCGGGGUCCCUACUCCCUGGGCGCGUCCCCGGUCGUCCCGACCAGCUCCAUGGAGGACGCCUCUGAGGUCAUCCGCCGAGCCAAGCAGGACCUGGAGAGGCUCAAGAAGAAGGAGGUCAGGCAGCGGAGAAAGAGCCCAGAGAAGGAAGCCUUCAAAAAGAGGGCAAAACUCCAACAGGAGAACAGCGAGGAGACGGAUGACAAUGAGGCCGAGGAGGAGGACGAGGAGCCGGAGGAGAGCGGCUGUGAGGAGGAGGACGAGGACUCGGGCAGCGAGGAGAGCCUGGUGGACUCGGACUCCGACCCCGAGGAGAAGGAGGUGAACUACCAGGCUGACCUGGCCGACCUGACGUGCGAGAUCGAAAUCAAGCAGAAGCUGAUUGACGAGCUGGAGAACAGCCAGCGGCGGCUGCAGACACUCAAGCACCAGUACGAGGAGAAGCUGAUCCUGCUGCAGAACAAGAUUCGGGACACGCAGCUGGAGCGGGACCGCGUGCUGCAGAACCUCAGUACCAUGGAGUGCUACACGGAGGAGAAGGCCAACAAGAUCAAGGCGGACUAUGAGAAGAGGCUGCGGGAGAUGAACCGGGACCUGCAGAAGCUGCAGGCCGCGCAGAAGGAGCACGCGCGGCUGCUCAAGAACCAGUCUCGCUAUGAGAGGGAGCUCAAGAAGCUGCAGGCCGAGGUGGCCGAGAUGAAGAAGGCCAAGGUGGCCCUGAUGAAGCAGAUGCGGGAGGAGCAACAGCGGCGGCGGCUGGCGGAGACCAAGAGGAACCGGGAGAUCGCUCAGCUCAAGAAGGAGCAGCGGCGGCAGGAGUUUCAGAUCCGGGCUCUGGAGUCCCAGAAGCGGCAGCAGGAAAUGGUCCUGAGGAGGAAAACCCAGGAGGUUUCUGCACUGAGGCGUCUGGCCAAGCCCAUGUCUGAGCGGGUGGCGGGCCGCGUGGGACCAAAGCCACCCAUGCUGGACUCGGGCACCGAGGUGUCGGCCAGCACCACCUCGUCCGAGGCCGAAUCGGGGGCACGCUCCGUCUCCAGCAUCGUGCGCCAGUGGGACCGCAAGAUCAGCCACUUCUUGGGGAGCCACCCCGCGCCCACCAUGUCUGGCGCCCGCCCUGCCAGAAAGAAGUUCCAGAAGAAGGGGGCCAGCCAGAGCUUCAGUAAGGCCGCCAGGCUCAAGUGGCAGUCGCUGGAGCGGAGGAUCGUCGACAUCGUCAUGCAGAGGAUGACCAUCGUCAACCUGGAGGCUGACAUGGAGCGGCUCAUCAAGAAAAGGGAGGAGCUAUCCCUCCUGCAGGAGGCGUUGAGGAGGAAGCGGGAGCGGCUGCAGGCCGAGAGCCCGGAGGAGGAGAGGGGGCUGCAGGAGCUGGCAGAGGAGAUCGAGGUGCUGGCGGCCAACGUCGACUACAUCAACGACAGCAUCGGCGACUGCCAGGCCACCAUUGUGCAGCUGGAGGAGACCAAGGAGGAGCUGGACUCCACAGACACGUCGGUGGUCAUCAGCUCCUGCUCCCUGGCCGAAGCCCGCCUCCUGCUGGACAACUUCCUCAAGGCGUCCAUCGACAAGGGGCUGCAGGUGGCCCAGAAGGAGGCCCAGAUCCGGCUGCUGGAGGGACGGCUGAGGCAGACAGACAUAGCAGGCCCCUCCCAGAACCACCUGCUGCUCGACGCCCUGCGCGAGAAGGCCGAGGCCCAUCCGGAGCUGCAGGCCCUCAUCCACAACGUGCAGCAGGAGAACGGCUACGCCAGCACAGAUGAGGAGGUGUCUGAGGUCUCGGAGGGGAGCUUCUCCCACUCGUUCACCAUGAAAGGCUCCACCAGCCAUGACGACUUCAAGUUCAAGGGUGAGCCCAAGCUGUCCGCCCAGAUGAAGGCCGUGUCUGCCGAGUGCCUGGGCCCCCCGCUGGACGUGUCCACCAAGAACAUCACUAAGUCCCUGGCCUCCCUCGUGGAGAUCAAAGAGGACGGAGUGGGCUUCUCCAUCCGAGACCCCUACUACCGGGACAAGGUCUCUCGGACCAUCAGCCUGCCCACCAGAGGGAGCACUUUCCCCCGGCAGUCUCGAGGAGCGGAGACGUCCCCUCUGACCCGGAGGAAGUCAUACGACCGAGGGCAGCCCAUCAGGUCCACAGACGUGGGGUUCACGCCCCCCUCGUCCCCUCCCACUCGGCCCCGGAACGACCGAAACGUCUUCUCUCGUCUCACCAGUAACCAGAGCCAAGGGUCAGCGCUGGACAAGUCUGAUGACAGCGACUCCUCUUUGUCGGAGGUCCUGAGGGGCAUCAUCACCCCGGUCGGAGGAGCCAAGGGCGCGCGGACGGCCCCGCUGCAGUGCGUCUCCAUGGCCGAGGGCCACACCAAGCCCAUCCUCUGCCUGGACGCCACGGACGAGCUGCUUUUCACAGGGUCCAAAGACCGCAGCUGUAAGAUGUGGAACUUGGUGACAGGGCAGGAGAUCGCAGCUCUGAAGGGCCACCCCAGCAACGUGGUCUCCAUCAAGUACUGCAGCCUCUCUGGGCUCGUGUUCUCCGUGUCCACCUCCUACAUCAAGGUGUGGGACAUCCGAGACUCGGCCAAGUGCGUCCGGACCCUCACGUCCUCAGGCCAGGUGGUCUCAGGGGACGCCUGUGCGGCUGCGUCCACCCGCACCAUCACCAGCGCUCAGGGAGAGCACCAGAUCAACCAGAUCGCCCUCAGCCCCUCGGGCAGCAUGCUGUAUGCCGCCUCGGGCAACGCCGUCCGCAUCUGGGAGCUCAGCAGGCUCCAGCCCGUCGGCAAGCUGACCGGCCACACCGGCCCCGUGAUGUGCCUGACGGCCGCCCAGACCGCCAGCCAGCGCGACCUGGUAGUGACCGGCUCCAAGGACCACUACGUUAAGAUGUUUGAGCUGGGUGAGUGUGUGACGGGCACCGUCGGCCCCACCCACAACUUCGAGCCCCCGCACUACGAUGGCAUCGAGUGUCUGGCCAUCCAGGGGGACGUCCUGUUCAGUGGCUCCCGGGAUAAUGGCAUCAAGAAGUGGGACCUGGAGCAGCAGGAGCUCAUGCAGCAAAUCCCCACGGCGCACAAGGACUGGGUGUGCGCCCUGGCCUUCGUCCCGGGCCGCCCCAUGCUGCUGAGUGCCUGCCGCGCAGGCGUCAUCAAGGUCUGGAACGUGGACAACUUCACGCCCAUUGGCGAGAUCAAGGGCCACGACAGCCCCAUCAACGCCGUGUGCACCAAUGCCAAGCACAUCUUCACCGCCUCCAGUGACCUGACAGUGAAGUUCUGGAGUGCCCGGCGCCUGGUACCCAGCGGCCCCCACUAGGAGUGAGCUCAGAGGACAGCCUGACCCUCGGCCCAGCAGCCGGGAUGCACAGAGGGGAAGCUGGGGCCCAGCGGGGCGGCGCCCGGGGGACAGAGGCUGUGGCCCUCCUGCCCGCCUUCCUCUCCCUGACCUUCCCAUGGGACACUGCCCCCUCCCUCCCCCGCCUCCUGGGGACAGGGAGGUCCGGGAGUUAAUUAAGCUGUGAAGCCAGAGGGCGUUUCCCCUCAUUUCUCUCCCUGCAGCCUGCCCCCCCCAACCUGUCCCCGUGUUCUCUUGCCAAGCUGGCCACGCCCUCCCUCCAGCCUUGGCCCGGGGGGUCUGUCCGGGAGGUGGCGCAGCCCUCGCCGUGCCCCUCCGGCCAGCAGGCCUCCCCUGCAUCCUCUGGCCCAGCCACUGCACCUGCCUCUGAGCCCAGAAAGAUAGCCCUCAGGUAACCAUGGAAACCAGGUGUAGGCAGCUGGCCCUGCAGCUGACCUUAGCCCCCCGGCCACCAGUGGCCACUCCCCGUGGACCCCAGCAAUUCCUUGGGUCCCUUUCUGACGGGGCCACGGUGGAGCUGCUAGAAAGAUUCCUUUGGGGAGAUGGUCAGCGUACUUCAGUUAUUUAAUUUAUUUUUUAUUUUUAUUUUUGCUGUUGCCUCCUGGAAACUGACUUGAAGUUUCUUCCCACAAGCUUGUUCCUUCAGCUCUUAGGGGCCAGGAGUCCCAGAGGGGAUCCGCUCCCCGCCCUCCAGGGCCGCCCCCCCAUGUGCUUUGCGGAGGAGGGCGGCGCCCCUUUGACUCUGCAGCCUGGGCCCGUCCCCGACCUCGCCCGGGGGCCGCUCUAGUGCCCCCGCCUCCGGCCGCUUGGCGGGUCAGUGCCUUCCUACGCCGGGGCCUGGCACCCGCCCCGGGCAGCCUUACACCAGCCAUGCCCGCAGAGCCACAUGUGUCUUCUCACCCGCGGGGUCUCCUGCCCACUGUCCCCACUCCCAGAGCCCCAAGUGGGCCAUGUAGGAAGCAGCUCGGAAGACUGUCCACCAUGAAGGGGCUUGGACGGCACGCCCGGCCUGGCCCCUCCCCAGUCCCCCGGCAUCUCACCCUGGCCAGGCGGAGCCCCCGGCGUCUUUCCCUGGUUAUUCAGGAGACUUGCGUUCAAGCCUUAACUGGCACGGGCCAGGGUCUCUCCCUGUAGGGCCAGCGGUGAGGAUGGACUCCACUGAGUUUCUCCUUUUCCUUGGGGCCGUGGACUCCCCACUCCCGGGAUGUUGUUAAAUCCGCAUUCUGUUUCUUUUUCUUUUUCUUUUUACACUUUCUCUGACACUUAACUGGUCUUGUGCUUCCUGGCCUCACUCAGUCUGAGGGCCGGGAGCCCCAGCUCUGUUCAGAGGACACAGUGACUUUUGGAUCUUCCGGAGGGGGCCCUGUGCUCUCCCCUCGGUGCCCCUCCCCACGUGGCCAGGGCUGAACUCGCCCUGUCCCCACUGCUCCGAGCUGCCCCCCAGCUCAGAAAGCCGUCCUGCUGUGAGGGCCCCCUGCUGGACUUGGGGUCGACAUCGGGGGAGCAGACGUGCAGCAGGGACACGCCCAGAGCCGGGACAGUGUCUUCAGGACUGGAAAUCCCUCCUGCUGGGCCAUCCCAGGGGUGCCGGGAGCCCCCUCAGCCGCUCAGAAGUGGGUACAAUUCUCUUCUCGGGCCCCAGCCCUCCCCCCACCUCAACAGAAAGCUUCAACCUUGCCUCCUGUAAGAAAGAAUCUGCAUGACUGUUUACAAACUGUGGAAACACAAAAGACUGGAGGCCUCAGCCUGGGGCCACUGGGCAGCGGCUGCAGGCCUGUCCUUGCACGAGGUGGGCCCUUUGGCCCGCGAGAGGUGUUCAGCGUCCCUGCCCGUUUUCUGCUGUUUCUUCUGGGUCAGCUACCUCAUGGCAGGCUGGCUCUGCUGUCCUGGCGGGAAGCACUGACUCUGAACUUGAGGUCUCGGGAGCCUUUCCCAGCUGUGCUCCAGAGCACUGAAGUCUGCCCGCUCCUUCGGGGAUGGGUUGGGUACAUGGUUGGGGGGCCCCCAGCGCCCUUCGAUGCACAAGCAUCCUCAAUGAGGAAGCACAAAAUGGUUGUGAUUUGAGCACAAGGCAGGACUGGUGGCAGGCGGCCUGGGCAAACCCGGCCAGGAGGCUCUGCCCAUGGGGAGACCGAGGACGCCCACUUCAGGGGCUGCCCUCGCUCCGACGGGGCUCGGCCCGCAGCCUGUCCUAAUUCCGGGACUCAUCCUACUACUUCUGCCCUGUUGUGCCCACCCGAAGGCUUGAGGCUGGCCCUGCAGGCAGGCCACAUUGGAGGGCUGGGGGCCCCGGAGUGGCACCCUUUUUCCCCGACAUCCCGAAAUGUUGAAUGCUCCAUCCCAGGUCCAUCCCAGCCCCACUGAGCCUGUCGGGCCUGGACCCAUAUCCGGUUCCGGGGCUGAGCCCCGGGAAAGCUCUCCAAGCUGGCUGGCAAGCUCCCCUGACGGGACCAUCUUCCGGCCACUGCCCAUGGCCUUCUCAGCGCGGUCCUGGGCCAGGCCUCUGCUCUCAGCAUUGACCAGGCCAGUGUUUGCCUCCAUCUGCAGGGCUGGCUCCUCCGAGGCAGCUGGAGUUGAGUCUGGAGCUUGCCGAGGAGAGAGAAAGGCUGAGACAGGCCAGCACGCCCGAGCCUCUGAGGCGGUCAGGGUGCCGCCUUCCACCCCUUGGGGGGCCAUCUGUGGGUCCAGGCAUGGUCCAGCCCUGCUGCCCGCCAGGGGCCGGGUGGCUUGGGCAGAGGGAGUUUAAAGCACAAACCACCGGAGGGAGGACUGUCACCAGGACCUGCUCACGCCACCCGGUGUGGCGGAGACGCUGGCAGGGCUGCUGUGCGGUCGGGGAUUCCUGGCCUCUCCCACCGUUGCGGGGCCUGGCUCUCGGGCAUCCUCUGGAGCGGUCUGGGCUGGGUGCGGGCACACCCCCUAGUCGCUCAUCCCCACGUCGCCCGGUGUGCUCAGCACGGUGUUGUGUGGCCAGGGCCUGCCCUGCCAGAGUGCUGAGCUCCUUCCCACCAAGUGGCCCAAACCCAGCGCAUCUGUCCCUUUGCACCCCAAGCAGCCAGGGCUUGGCUGCUGCCCACCACGGUCCCUUCUCUUUUGGCUCCCAAACCCUUCCCAACCCUCUGAUGUGCAAAGAUAGAGUUGACAGGGAAAGUUCUGGUUCUUCUAAGGCAUCUUUGUUCUCCUCCCCCUUCCCCAGUGCUCAGAGGAGCUCCCAGCUGCACCACACCGCAGUCCAGCCCUUUGAACUCCUGUCCCGAGGGCCUUGCAGGGAAGCAGGGACAGUUCCGGGAAGAGCCGAGGGUCAGAGAAGACCCCUGCCGUGAAGCCCUGCCCUGCCCACCAGCUCUUUUCUAGCUAUCCCCUGCCCGGGCGCAGGGUUGCAUUUGGUUCAGCUCCUCCGCUGGGUGGUAGCACAGGUGUAUAUAUGUUUUGUACGUCCGCCAAUAACUGUACAUAGUGUAUGAAAGUUAUUUAAGCCUCAUGCUGUACAUUUCUGUUCCCGGACCAGAUGUGAGUGUUCUAAGGAGCUGUCAUAAA